AUGCCUCCGAUAGCGCAACGCAUCACUCUCUCUCGACCUAACCUGACCAAAGUGGCCACAGAGGUCAAGUAUCGAGGGGUCAGGAAAAGACCAAGGGGUCGUUACUGCGCCGAGAUCUGGAUCCCAAAGCAGAAAUCGCGGGUCUGGGUCGGCACAUUUGACACUGCGGUAGAUGCGGCGCAUGCCUAUGACAAGAAGGCACUUGAGUUAUGUGGUGACAAGGCCAAGCUCAAUUUCCCUCUUCAGACGGAGCUCAAUUCCCCAAUCCUUACGACAGAAAUCACCAACAACAAUAACAACUUUGUUGUGCGCAGUCCAAGCCAGGGAAGCACCUUGGAGUUCUCCUCUCCGCCAUCGCUGGAUCUCACUCUUGUCGCUGAUGAUGCUGCAGCGGUCUACCCAGAUGCCCGCCCUUUGGCAUUCUUUGAUGUCUCCGCUCAUGUUCCUACUCAUGCCGUGAGGCAAUGCGAAGAAAAUAACGACUCUGGUUCAUCCUCCAUUGUGGACAAUGAGAGGGUUCCAGGUCCUGAUCUAUUAGAUCUUGACCUUAACGCCCCACCUCCACAGGAGAAUGCCUGA